GGAGGGAGUUCCCGCCGUCCGCUCCGCCCCGAGCGCUCGCGGCCCCUCCUCGCCUCGCCAUGGUGGAGCAGGGAGACGCCGCGCCGCUGCUGCGCUGGGCCGAGGGCCCCGCCGUCUCGCUGCCGCAGGCCCCGGAGCUGCAGGCGGGAGGCCGGGCCCGGGGCGGCGGCGUGGGCGCGCGGCCAGCCGCGGAGCUGCCCAGAAGGCUAGAGUCGGAGGAGCCAGCUCCCUCCGAGGUGUUGCUGCAGCCCGGACGCCUGGAGCUGGGCGACGUGGAAGAGGACCAGGUGGUGGCCGUGUUCGUGGUUACCUUCGAUCCCCGCUCGGGAAACAUGGUGGAAUGGUGCUUACCUCAAGAUAUCGACCUUGAAGGUGUUGAGUUCAAAUCCAUGGCCAGUGGGUCCCACAAAAUCCAGUCUGACUUCAUCUAUUUCCGCAAGGGGCCCUUCUUUGGCCUGGCCUGCUUCGCCAACAUGCCCGUGGAGAGCGAGCUGGAGCGUGGCGCACGCAUGAAGUCCGUGGGCAUCCUCUCUCCCUCCUACACCCUGCUCUACCGCUACAUGCACUUCUUGGAGAACCAGGUUCGACACCAGCUGGAGACGCCGGGACACUACUCUCACCUGGCUGCGUUCUACGAGGACAAGAAAGGGGUGCUGCAUGCUGGGCCUGGCAGAGGCAGCAGCCUGCCCCCUGUCUACUGGCUGCCCUCCAUCCACCGAUACAUGUACCCCGAGAUGAAGAUCACACACCCUGCUGGCUGCAUGUCUCAGUUUAUCAAGUUCUUCGGAGAACAGAUCCUCAUCCUCUGGAAGUUCGCCUUACUCCGAAAGCGCAUUUUGAUCUUCUCUCCCCCACCUGUAGGCGUCGUAUGCUACAGAGUGUACUGCUGCUGCUGUCUCGCCAAUGUCUCGCUGCCCAGCAUCGGGAGCACCAUUCCUGAGUCAAAGCCCUUCUUCUAUGUGAACGUGGCCGACAUCGAGAGCCUGGAGGUGGAGGUGUCCUAUGUAGCCUGCACCACGGAGAAGAUAUUCGAGGAGAAGCGGGAGCUAUAUGAUGUCUACGUGGACAACCAGAACGUGAGGACUCACCACGACCACCUGCAGCCCCUGCUGAAGAUCAACAGUGCAGACAGGGAGAAGUACCGGCGGCUCAACGAGCAGAGGCAGAUGCUCCUGUACUCCCAGGAAGUGGAGGAAGACUACAACCCCUGUGAAGAGGACCUCUUUGUGUUGUUUUUCUUGGAGCAAAACAACCGGAUAUUUCAGACUUUGUUGGAGGUGUCUGCCAGUCAAGACAAAACCCUGACAGCGGAGCAUGCGCGGGGCAUGGGGCUUGACCCCCAGGGAGACCGCAGCUUUCUCAUGGACCUGCUGGAGGCAUACGGCAUUGACGUCAUGUUGGUCAUUGACAACCCCUGCUGCCCGUAGGAGCCACACAACAUUAGGCAACCGGAAGUUGGCUUGGAGCCUCCCUAGGACCUCGUGGCUUACUAACCCAACGCCAAGGAAUACAGUUUAGGCUUCCCAAGUGAUGUCAUUUAUGUGAUUUCCUUCCUUCCCCUUUUGUCUGGAGGCAAGGUGAGGUGGCCUUGGCUCUGUGUCCUGGCUCGGAGGGUUCUGCCCCGUCUCCCAGAGCUGUCUGCCCUGGGGUUUGCUCUUGGGAGGUGUGUCACCCGGAACAGGCUGAGCUCUGGGGGUUACUGUUCAGGAAAGUCGCUUUGGUCUUUGUCCCAGGGUAUGUUCAAGAGUAAGACAGCCAUCCACUGUGGCCUUAGACGGGGGGCUAGGCCAGGGACUUGUCGAAUUUUUAGAAUCCCUCCUAGGGGUCAGGAUCCCCGUUGGUUAGGGUGCGUGUAUACUCUCUCAGUUCAUGUGAGUAGGGACCACAAGGAGAGACAAAAGGAUGUUCCUCACACCAGCUGUGUGCUUCGGGAAGGGCAGAACAAGAGGGGGGAGGUUACCUGUGGCUUCACUGGAAAUUAAAAUUACAGAAUGAAGUCUCAGUCCUUCUCAGAGUUAGUAACGGCCCCUCCUAUGAUGUUCCUUUGUCUCAGUCCCUCCUCUUGGGCUGAGUUGGCAGUUUCCUAAGGGUCAGUGUUGGCC